AUGCUGCUCCUACAACCACGCCCACUCCAGCCACUCCUGCUCGCGCCCAGCCGCGCUACUGCAGUGCGGUGCGGCGUCGUCUCCUCCGACGUCGCCGAUCUUGCCGCCGAUGCCGCUGUGGUCGCUGCUGACUUGCUCCGCGGCGGCGCCACGCUCGCCGCAGCUACGGCGGGCACCGCCGUUCUCGCGCUGGUCGCUUCGCUCGCGGUGUGGCUCUGGCAGCAGCAGGAGCUCGCGUGCUUCGAUGGCAGCGACGGCGAUGACGGCCCAAUCCUGCUCGCGGCCGACGGGCGCGUGUUCAACGUCGCGCCGGCGCGCCGCUUAUACGGGCCGGGCGGCGAGUACCACCUUUUGGUCGCUGGCGGCGACGCCACCCGGUACCUCGCGCGGAACAGUGUCGAGCCGGAAUCGGAGGAGAGCGCGCGCCGCCCACUCAACGUGGCGGAGCGUGCGGCGCUCGGCGCGUGGCUAUUCUCAUUCAGCCAAAAGUACGACGAGGUUGGCAGGGUCGCCAGACCGGAGGAGGAGGUGGUGCUGGGGCGGCGCGAGGCUUACCUCGACAACCUCGAGGCGCUGUCGUCAGACAUGGAGCGGGAGCGGCUGACGGCAGCAUGGAUUCGAGAUGAGAAGCGCGAUUAG